GGUGGGGCGAUGUUGUAAAACAAACAUGGCUGACCCUCUGAAUGGAUGGACCACCGAUAGUUUUUCAGAUUUAAGCUCUAAUUUAAAUGUUUCUUCUGACUUAGAUGGUUCAUUUAAUCCAGAAAUUGAUGAACUCGUAUCAUUCUUAAGCGAACAAAGUGAUUUAAUUGAUGAUCCGUUCGUAUCAGCAACUGGAGUCAAAGCAGAAAAUGAGAAAUUCUUACCAAGGACUAACAUAAAAAGUGAAAAUACUUCAUUUACCCAAGCGACGUCACCUGGAGGGGUGAAAACUGAGAGUAAUGAUUUUGAAAAGCCCACUCUUUUGAAAUUGUUAACUCAGAAUCCUGAACCUAAACAACCUAAUCAAGUAAAUACGAGCACACUUGUUAAUCUACUGCAAAAUGGCAGUAGUGUCCUUCAACCGCAACCUCAACCACAACAAAUUCAAGAGCAAAUUCUGCAGGCUUUACAAGUUUUAAUAAAUAAAGAAGCCGAAAAAAAGCAGCAUGAGGAACAACAAAAAGCAUCUCUGUUGCAAUCGCAACUGGCCCGCCAUCUUGCGGCUGACUCACCGCAACCUACCACAGCUGCUCAAACAAGUUCUACCCAAAUUAUAAUAAAACAAGUGCCGAUGCUAUCGAAAACUCCUGUGGUCAAACAGGAAGCUCGCCCCAACGUUGUCUCUCUCAGCUCUAAUGCGCCUACUAAGGUUACUAAUUCAGGAUCGACUAUAGUAACUACUUUACCCGUUCAAGUUGUUGACACAACUGCAAAUGAAAAAUUGCCCAUACACCGACUUCAAACAUCUCACAAACCCGUAUGUGUAAAAGGAGAGAAACGUACAGCGCAUAAUGCUAUUGAAAAACGUUAUAGAUUGUCGAUCAAUGACAAAAUUCUAGAAUUGAAAGACUUAGUCGCUGGAUCGGAAGCGAAGCUUCACAAAUCGGCUGUUCUACGGAAAGCUAUUGAUCACAUAAGAUGUUGCCAUUCUCAAAUCGAACGACUAAAGAAGGAAAAUAUGCAACUUCGUAUGGCUACAGGCGGAACAAAUGUAAGAGAUUUAUUGAAGGAGACUGAAAUGGAUUUGACUCCCCCUCCAUCCGAUGCAAGCUCUCCUUCUUAUUAUCCGUCAUCCGGAAUCGACUCUGGACCUGAUAGUCCCAUAAAUCCCAACGAAGUUCACAUGAAAAGCGAACCUUUGAUAACCGGUAUGCUAGACAGUUCUCGCCUGGUUCUCUGCGUUUUUAUGCUAGCCAUUAUCGCUUUUAAUCCUUUUGCUCCUUUUAUUCAAACUCCAAAAAAAUUUGGAACGGAAUUUUCACCUGGCCAUACUGGAGGAAAAACUUUAAAAGGAGCUGUAACAGAUGGAUGGUGGGAUUGGAUGUUCCCAACUUUAUUAAUGUGGUUUGUAAAUGGUGUCGUUCUAUCAGGCUUCCUUUUACAUCUUUUUAUAUUUGGCGAACCUGUAUCUACACCUGAAUCUAACAGUGCCGCUUCCUAUUUACGAUUCAAGAAGCAAGCAGAUUCUGAUCUACGUAAUGGUCGUUAUAACGAUGCCUCAUGGCAAUUAAGAAAAUCCUUGGCGGCUUUGGGUCGUCCGAUACCUGUUUCGAAAAUAGACCUGGCUUCAUCUUUAAUAUGGCAUAUUUUUAGACAGUUUUUGCACCGAUUGUAUAUUGGACGAUGGCUCUCUACAUCAACAGCGACCAUGUUCCGCUCGCAUAUCAAGGAAGAAGACGUACAAUCGAGCGCCAGAGAUGCAGCCUACGCUUAUCAUGAACUCUUAAAAUUGCAUAUUAGCGGAAGAGCAAAGUGCAUAAAUCAAUCGGAGGCCUUUAAUCUGGCAUUUUGCGCAGUUAAUAUGGCUGAAACCGCAGGCUAUAAAGUUGUUGGGGGAGAAUUCCUAAUUAGCGUCCAUUUGAAUGCAUCCAUCUGUUUUCAAAAGAGUAAUUGGGUAAUAUUAAGAAGCCACUUAAGCAGCUACUUCCUCAACCUGGCAAAGAAAGUGUUAAUGAGAACUAAAAAUCCACCAAAAAAUCUUGAAUGGUUCACGACCCCAGCAGGCUCUGAAUUCUUUUACAGUGGUGAAUGGAACUGUCAACAUCACAAUACUUUAUACGCCUUAUCCGAAAGAAAUUGCACUAAUCCUUUGUCCUAUGUUACGCAAUCAUUCCGAGAGCACUUGGUCGAAAAAUUAUUAAUAAAUCUAAUGAGUGGACAACCUCUAGACGAACUCGACACUUUGAUCGCAAGUGCCAAAGAUGCCGGAUUGAAAGAAUGCUUUUUGUUGAAGAACUCUGAUGGUGGAGACUUUGUUUCUCUUUGGUGGGGAAGCUUCUUCAAAGUUAUUUCAAGUUGGAAACAAGGAAAGAAAGCAAAUGAAGAAGACAUUUCGAUUGUUGAAGAACUACCAUAUCCGUUGUUAACUACACCUGUUCGCGCUUUACAUUACAUUUUUGAAGCAAAUCGCAUACUACAUACGCCAUCAGGUAGUUGGUUCAAGGUUCUCUCGAAAUGCGAAAGUGCAAGUCGUCUGCUAUCGUGUGAUCAUGGAAAUCAAAUUGUUACAACGGUGGCAUAUGAUUGGUUGAUAAGCACUAAGCUUAUGGCCAUUGAAAUAGAAUUGGGUGACUCCGAAUCAGUUCAUCCAGAGGAUAUAUUUUCUUUGGAAAAAAAUAUUUAUUCAUUGCGCAAUCACAAUAAAAUCACCAAAUUUGUAUCCAAAAAAAUUAAUGUAUACGAGUGCGCACUGAGAAUUUUGUCGAGGGUUAAUCCAUCAGUCACUCAAAAAAUGUUAAAGCAGUUGAAUCGCUAUGAUUUACCAGCUGGAGAGUACGCACAGUUGAUGAUACUUGCUGCUAAGGGAAUCCAAAGGGAAGCUCAAUGGCCAUUCGUUGAAAAAGUACGUUCGGCAUUGGACAAGAACGGAAGGGAGAAUACCAUAAAUAUGUUGAUUUCUGACUAUAAUUAA